GCCGCCAAUCCCGCUGUCCGCCGCAACGCCCUUCUCCUAUUGGCCGAGCUCUUCCCUCUCCGCGACCCGGCACAAGGACGAGAGGCGAACGAGUCGCUCCUUAAUCGGCAGCUAUUUCUCCUCUUCGAUCGCCUCUUAAUGGAUCCCUGUCCCGCGGUUCGAGCCUCCGCUGCUGAGGUGGCAGGACGGGUGCUUUGCGUCUUCUGGGAGGUUAUCCCGUCGGGCGUCGCCACGUCAGCGCUGACGCGGAUGGUUGACGAGCUGGCCGCUGACGUGGCCAGCCCCGCGGUGCGGAUGGCGGCAGCGCGGGCGGUGGGGCACCUGUUACAGGGUAACCCGGUUUGCCAUGAGCUGUUACGGGGGAUGCUUCCGCGAAUGGCUGCGGGACUGAGGGACAGAUCACGUGGGGUGAGGGUGGCAGUGGCGGAAGUGCUUAUAACGGUGGCUACUAACACCAGCAUAAGACUAAAAGAGGUUAUUUCAUCAGGCCAGCUCAUACAGGCUCUGGAAGAACCCAACGACCCAAUAGUAGCUCGCCACGUCACCCGCGUCCUCCUGCCGACCUACCUGCCGUCCCACCUGCCGCCCGUUGCUGCUGCCGGCCGUUUUAUCACCCUUAUGCAGCGCUCUCUCCCUGCUGCUGCCGCUUUUGCGCGCUGCAGCUUCCAGGAAGGUGCGGGACUCGAAGCUGUGAUUGAAGCCGUGAGGGCUGUUGUAGACUUGUUGGUGAUUGAAACGGAUGGUGGGGAGGGAGGCGAGGGGAGAGGGGAGGGUGGAUCUAAGGACGAAAAGGAGGGUUGUAAGGAGGAGGAGAAGGACCGAGAGGUGAUGUAUCACGUGGUGCUGGGGUUUGUUCAGGGAGUAAUGUGGGAAGGAGGAGGAGGUGGUGGAGGAGGAGGUUGUGGAGUAGGAGGAAAAGAAAGAAGAUGCAAGGCAGGCAACAGGAGUGAAUGUGAAAACUCGGAUGCAGCAGCAGCUAUGGCUGAUACUCUGGAUGCUCCUGCUUUGAAACGGUUGCUUCUCUCGGCACGUAGUGCAAGUCAACGGGCGGCGGUGCUGCGAAUCGCCGCCCUGCUGCCGCCCGUGUCAGUGGAGGAGCUUGCUGACGUGUGCAGGGAGGGGCUUCUGAGGGUUGGGAAGCAGAGGGAAGAGGGGAAUCAUGAGGGAAUCAAUAAAGCGCUUGGGGAAAUCUCUGAUAAUCUCGCUGGUGUGAGGUUGGGUGAGGUGAUGGAGUGGAUGGAAGGGAGGAGGGAGGAGAGGCGGGAGGUGGAGGGUGUGGUGGUGCUGACACGCGCGUGGGGCGGGUUGGGUCAGCUGGUAGAAGCGCUAGAGGUGUCGCUUGCUGCGGGUGUGAAUGGGGAGGUGGAGAGGAGAGAGCGGAGGAGGAAGGGAAAUGAGGGAAAGGGAGGGGGGUCGGAUACGAUAGAGGAAGGAGAGGGAAGGGGCGGUGAGGAAAAGGAGGAGGAGGAAGAGAAGGAGGUGGAAGAGAUAGUACUUUCGGAUGAUGAAGAUGAGGAGGAUGGGGAGAAAGGCGAGGAGGGAGAGGGGGAGGAAGAGGAGGAGCUAACGGGGGCAAGAGAGGAGGAAGAGGUAGAAGAGUUGGUGAAGGAAGAGGAGGUGGAGGAAGUGGAAGUGGAAGUGGAGGAGUUUGAGGAUGGGGAGACGAGAGAGGAGGAGGGAGAGAAGCAGGUGAUGGUUGGGGAGGAAGCUUUGCGGCGAGGAAACAGACGUGUGACUCGGAGCAUGGGGGGAUCCAAGGAAGCUUCCAGACAAUCUACUGAAAGCCCGUCAGCUGCGAAGGAUGGCACCGGGAAGAGGGGGCUAUUGGAGAGAGUAGGAGGGAAGGGAGAGCUAGGGAAGAGGCAGCAAGAAAAGAUAGGGCGAGGAAAGAAGGUUUCUGGAAGGAAGAGAGGUGCUGCUGGUGUGAGGGAGGUCUAUAACGAGGAUGCAGCAGAGGGAAGUGAUUCGGACCAAUCAGAGCUUGCCAGCGAGGCAGCAGCCCCUGUGAUGCCUCCUUGUGUGGUGGCCUACCGCCUGGAAAUCCUCCUGGGCCAAUCAGAAGCGAGGGCUGAGUUACUGCGCAUGCCAGGGGUGCCUGGGCGGCAGCUGGGCCUGCUGAGGACAGCUGUCGACACGCAAUUGGCCGGGAUGAUCGACACGGCGAAUGCUACUUCCGCUGCUGACUUUGGUUCGGAAUCAGCAGAGCGGAGUUUGGACGAUUGUGGUAGGACAGACUCGGAUGCUGCUGUGAAGGAUAAUCGUGCUGCCGAUUGGCUGGAAGGAGCGGCGCUGCGGGUGUAUGUGAAGCUGCUGGUGCUGAUGUGGAAUGAGAGGCAGCAUGAGGAGGAGGAGCUGGGAAGGAGGGCGCAGAAGCAAGGACGGCAAGCAGACGACACGGGGUGCUCUAGCUUGGGUGAGUUGUCCGAUCAUCUUCUCGAGCUGAUCUCAGCCGUCCAUGCAAAGCUGGCCCUGAUCUCACAAGCACGCCAAACUCCCAGCAAAUCCGGGCCGUCCAAGGCAAGCGGAGCGCUUGCGCUGCUGAGGAGGCAGACUGAGAGUGUGAGGGAGGGAGGGGAGGGAGGGGAGGGUGGUGCGAUGGUAUGGAUGGCGUUGCUGUCCGCUGUUGCUUGCUGUAAGAGGGUUCUGACUGCCGCUGGCACUGCUGCUGGUGUUGCUGCCGCCACUGGUACUGGCCAACAAGAGGGGAAUGGGGAGGAGGUCCAGUUUCUGCAGGGAGAGGUGCAUGCUGCAAGUGCCUUGUUGAAGGGCUGUCUGGGGGGGAUUGAAGCGGAGGGGGAAGCUGAGGAUGGAGAAUGCAAGAACGAAGGGGGUUGUGGGGCGAGGAAUGCGGUUGGAGGUAAAGACGACGGAGCAGAAGAUUUGGAGGAAGGGGAUGUAGGGGACGCAAGUGGGAAGGAGGGUGCAGGUGUGGCUGAUGGGUUGGAAGGAGGCAUCUGCGACGGAAGUUCCGGGAACUCGGCUGUAGCAGCGCAAGCGGCGGGUGUAGCUGAGGCGGCUGUAGCCGCGGGGCCGGCGGGGCGCGGAGGAGGGUGGGCGGGUGCCGGCGGAGUGGCGAAAGUACAGGCGAUGUUCGCACCACUGGGAAUUCAAGUCUCGUGGGUUGACGUUGGCGCUACGGAUGGGGUGGUGGGGGCGGCAGCAGCCGAUUCGCGCGCGCAGGAUCGGCGUGAUAGUAACGAAGGGUGCAGGUCGGCCGCACAAGGAGGGAGCGCAGCGGCAAGGGAAGCGAAGAACGCGGCGCUGAACGCAGGCUGGUCGCUCUUGAGAUUAAAGCCGUUUAGUUCAGCAGGAGGAGCAGACUCCUAUACCGUAGCUGCUGUUGCUGCAGACGUGGCGAAAGCUUCUUGCGGAUUCAGCAGGGGGGCGUAUAGCGAGUACGAAGGCGAAUACGACGGCCUGGAGGGUACAGUUUCAAGAGCCAGUAGGAUUCUUUCCGGCAACGUGGAGCUGACUCUGCUAGACAUCCAACAGAGAGUAGAAAUUCCCCGGACAGAAGCAGCAGAGGCGGUUCCUGGGAGGGGCGCUGGAGCUGGAGGGGCGGAGGGGAUCGGUACGAGGGGUUCUGAUAGGGCUGGGGCUGCUCAGGACGAGCCGUUUCUCCAGUACGUUCUUCUGGAGAAGAAACCCUCGGUCACAGGCGGUGGUGCUGCAAAGGAGCCGCAAGGAGAGCUGUUUGGGGUUCUACUGAGGUUUUUGGAGGGGGAGGGGCUGGAGGCGCAUGUUUACGUGAAAAGCAAGCGGGUGUCGUGCGCCGGGAUUAUUGCGCCGUUCGCUGGGCAUGCGGCCGUGCUGAGGAUCCGAGAUUGCCCGACUUUGCUGGGGCGCCAGCGACGCAAGCCGGAGAGGCCGCUGAGGAAGCCGGAAGGGGUUAAGCAGUGUCGUAGCCGAGGGUUUCCGGUGUCUGGUAGAGGGUGUGCGAAGCGGAGGCUCCAGGAACGGCGUGAACAGGGUUACCAGCAGGAGGGUUACCGACAGGCGAAGAUUCCCCGUAGUGGUGCUGGCGAGAAGGAGGCGAAGGUGGUUAAGGGAAGGGUGGAUGAGGAAGGUGGGAAUGGGAGAAGGACGGGUACAGGGAGGGAGCGGCAUAGACUGCGGAAGGAGGAGGAGGAGGAUGAGGAUGAUAAGGAGGUGGUGAGCGGCUGUGGAGGAGUGUGGAAAAGGGAGGAGGGAGAGAAACGGGAGAAAGAAAAACGCAGUGCACUGGGUGAAAGAAAGAGGUCGAGGGCGCCGGGAUGUGGAGAGAGGAAUGAUAGGGUUGCGAGGGGUGGGAGGGGUGAGAGAGCGGUGAGGGAAGGUUAUGGGACAGGCGGCAGGGAGGAUGAGUGGGAGUCAGGACUGCAGCUGGUGGUGUUCUCAGAAGCGGAUAGGCAGGAGACAUGGGGAGAGGCAGAGGGGCGCGAAGGCGCUUGUAGAGAGGCGACAGAAGGCUCGUGCAGGAGAGGUACGCUGGGUGAUGACCUGGCAUGGGAUGAAGCGCGAGAGUAUGAGGAAGCUGAGCUGGCGUUCCUGCUGAGUCAGCAAGAGAGUCAGCCAGGUGGCGGGGAGACUGGGAGAACGGCAUGUGGGGACCAGCUGACGUGUCAUGAGGUGGCGCGAGCAGCAGAGGGUGGGGACCACAUGACGCGGCUUACAGCCAUGCUGACUCAUACCUGGGCGGCAGCGAGAGGGGUACAGUGGAAGGUGCAGGGGGCCACGGCUGGAAGGACAGGAAGAGGGUCAAGAAUGGAUAAGAUUAGAGGAGAUGAGGAGAAAACAGAGCAGACUCAGGAGCAGGAGCAGGGCAGGGAAAAGGGAAGGAGAAGGGCGGUGGGGGAAGGACAAGGGGUAGACAGAGCACAGGAGCGAGCACCAGGUGAAGAAGGGUUGCAGAUGGUGCUGUGGGGUGGAGCAGGAAGGGACGGGGGAGGGGCUAGUGGGGAGGUUGGGAAGACGGAGGGUUCUGGCCGUGUUGAUUUGAGCGUGGGUGUCUCUGGUGGGAAGAGUGCAGCGGAGGGCAAGGGCGAUCGGGAGGGCGUGGGGGGGCAGAUGGGAGAGCGCUUUGGGGAAGGUUUGCCAAAGGAACGGGACUCCACCGUGGAUUUUAGUCCCAUCGAGCGGGCUGACAGGCUGGCAGAACGCGUGGCUGACGUGCUGCAUGACGUGGCAGCGGAUCUGUACAGUGCUGCCGCGGGAUUGGUGCGAGAGGCGCGGCGGUUGUUCCGGGAGGAGGCGGCAGGGAGGGGGAGCGGGGGAGGGGGGAUCGAAUCAGUUUCUGGGAGACAGAUGGACGAAAGGGGGAUAGACACGCAGAUGGAAGAGGGGGAAACUGGGCGAAGGAUCGAUGAGGAGGAAGUGGAAAAGCGGGUGCACGAGGCUCUUCUGCUGGGCAAGGCGGAUUUGCAGCGGCAGUUCCCGUUGGGUUGCUGUGCUGACACACAUGAGAUCUCGAGACUAGGGGAGCCGGGGCCGCCCACACUGGGGGAUCGAGUGCGAUG